UACGCCAAGGACACGCGCUACUGCACCUCCGGCGUGGCCACACAUGACAAGAACACCAUGGAGGCCCUGCCAGCCUGCCUGCUCAAGGACGUGUACCAGGAAGCACUGGGCUCUGCGGUCAUCGGCAUUGAUGAGGGCCAGUUCUUCCCAGACAUCGUGGAGUUCUGUGAGAUGAUGGCCAAUGCUGGGAAAACUGUCAUUGUUGCUGCUCUUGAUGGGACUUUCCAGAGAAAGGCCUUCGGGAGCAUCCUGAACCUGGUGCCGCUGGCAGAGAGCGUGGUGAAGCUGAACGCCGUGUGCAUGGAGUGUUACCGAGAAGCCUCCUACACAAAGAGGCUGGGAGUAGAGAGGGAGGUUGAAGUGAUUGGAGGAGCAGACAAGUACCACUCCGUCUGCCGAGCCUGCUACUUCCGCAAGCGGCCUCAGCAGCCGGGGUCGGAAAACAAGGAGAACAUGCCCAUGGGGGUGAAGCAGCUGGACGUGGCUGCCUCCCGAAAGAUCUUUGCUUCUUGACUGCUGGGGUCCCACAUGGGG